CGAUCGGACCCCUCUGGGCGGGGUAAAGCUACUGCGUCCCUGAGUCUACCUUGGGAGCGAACGCGCCGUCAGCGGAACUCGAUCAGUAUCACGAAAUACGCCUGACGGAUGCAGGAUUGAGCUUCAAAAUGCCCCUCGACGAAGAAGGCGCCAAAUGGUCGUGUGAGCCAUGCAUUCGUGGCCAUCGGUCAUCCAAAUGUCAGCACUUUGACAGAAUGAUGAUGAAAGUGCCGAAAGCUGGUCGACCUCUCGCCAGAUGCCCGCAUCCGAAGGGCACGUGUAGCUGUCAGAAAACAUAUGCUUUCAUGAUUCGCAUCCCAAAAGGUUCUGGUUGUUUGUGCAGACCAGUGUACCAAGUGCCCGCAGAUGCAGCUGGGACCGUCUCCUCUCCGGCCGUCGGUUCAACGCCAGUGCCGUCAAAUGCACCUAGCAAAGUACAGAAGCCCGGGAAACGACAGAUCAAGACUGCGCCGGAAACCCUGACCAAAGCGCUCAAUUCUAUUCCGGUAUUUGCUAAUCAACUCACUGAGAGUGACUUUCUUAAUCGCUCCAUCUCGUACCACCCUCAGGAUUUGGAAUCCAACAAGUCGUUCUUUGCAGCCAACCAAAACUCGGAUGUGUUAAACGGCACUGGAGGGAACCAUGUCUCCGACAAUCCUUCCAGAUCUGACAAAACAAUACCUGAACCUAAGAGUUGUUGCACUCGUGCGCCUCAGCCAGUUGCGCCGCCGGCACCCGAAGUCCAGCGUUCUUGCUGUGCAAAGCCUGAAACAGCCCCCCAGAGUGACUGCUCUAGAGAGAUCAAAACCUCAAAGUCGGUUGGAUCCCAAUCAUCAAGCUCCAGCGGAAACGCAACACCGUUUUCCUCCUUCUCCAAUCACCAAGUCUCCAACUGGCAUGACUCCCAGAUAGCAAAGCAAGGUCAUACCUUGUCAUCAUCGUCUCUUUCUCAGAGCCACGAUUUAUUCCCAUCAAUCAUUCCUGACUAUUUGUCCCAUUACACCCCAACCUCGCUGGAAAUGCCACCUCACGGGUCCUCCAACGAUGCCGAGCUAUCUCAAGCGUUGAUGCAGCAGCCACAAUUUUCAGACUUGACGGGAAAUUCCAAUUUUUCGUCCGCGGCAGCGAACGAGGAAGAUACCACUCAUGAAUGCUUUUGCGGUGACAACUGUCAAUGUUUAGGCUGUGCUUCUCAUCCCUUCAACAACACUACCAGGCAACAUGUACGAGAAAUGGGACUAUUGGUGGCCUUGAACGAUGGAGAACAAGGUUUGGAAAGCCCAAGUAGCCGUCAGAACUCUCCUUUGUUGGGUCAGCAGCCGGUGUUCUCUCCGCUGCACUAUUCAUAUACCAACUUCAGUCACCCAUCUGAUAAUCUUGUUCAACCACUGGGAACGCAUCCUUUCGUCGACCAGUCUGCUACACCGGGCAGUCUCAGUGGUGGCUACACAACCCCUUCCACAAAUUACAUACCGAAUCAGCACCUGAUGGAACCCUCAGAGUACUAUACCCUUGAGUAUCCAAUAGGACUUCCGAGUGCCUGCUCAGACAUAACCGGCAGUUGCCAGUGCGGGAACGAUUGCACUUGCGAAGGCUGCCUCACGCACAGUGGACAUAACGGUCUCGCAAUCGCUGCCAUGCCAUCCGAUACCCACCCUUGGGACAACACCAACCUCGCAAACUCCGUGGCUGAUGGAGCACUGUCUGGCACAUCCGAGAUGUCCACAUUCGAAAAUCCUUUUGCACCUUCACACUCUAUGCUUUGAAAUAUCCAUUCUGGUCUGAAUCUGGUCUAAGAUUAGAAUCCUACGCCCUCCGUGACCGUCUGCCAUGCAGGGCCUCCGGUUUGGGAUAUUGCCGGCACUAACUUCCUCCAACGACUGACGAUCGAUCAUGAUACCCCUCCGUACACACGGUGAUAGAGUAUAUGACAAAAUUGUGUAUAUGCUUCCCCGAUCUUUUGAUGCCUUUCAAUGACCCACAUUACUCCUCUCGUGAAUUUAUUGCUCAUGCUUAAUCUUAUUCCCGUGGACUGUGCUUACUCACAACAGCCGGGCCUUACAAGAGCUGGACU